AUGACAAGCGGCGAUCCGCCCGAGAUCUACCCACAGUAUUGCUUUCAUCUGUCGCCGACGAUACAUCGGUGGUGUCACCUUCGAGCGGCAGACGUUGCGAAACUGACUACGCAUCCGGGGUUUGAAGCAUGCUGGCGGGACGCCGCGACAACAGGGCAGGAUCUCUAUUUCCACAUCAACCAUCCCAUAAAAUGGGUCCGCAUAGCGGGCGUCAUCGUCGCCAUAGACGAGUACAACAGCCGCCGCAUCUACACUGUGGAUGACGGCAGCGGGGUGAACAUGGAAUGCGUCACCACCGUUGCGGUGGCUAAGCCGGCAGCAGGGGAGGCUGCUACUGGCACUACUGCGACUGCUUCUACUACUACAGCGCUUGGAUAUGGGGCCUUCCAGCCCCGUCAGCACACAAAUCCUCGCAUACCAAACGACCUCGACGUCGGACAGGUGGUCGAGGUCAAGGGAGGCGUCUCUACGUUCCGCGACGCGCGACAGAUCAAGGUCGAGAGCGUCGCGGUGCUGCGCUCGACGCGGCAGGAGGUGGAAUUCUGGCGCAGGACGACGGAGCUGCGCGACACGGUGCUGGCGCGCCCCUGGACCCUGCGCAGGAGGGAUGUGCGGAGGUGUCGGAAAGAGGCGGAGUCUGAGGACCUCGCGGGCCGGCGGGGCAAGGACGGCAAGAGGAGGAAGAGAGCGGAGACGGUCGAGGCUGAGGAGGACGGCCCGAAGAGGAGGGUUACGGGGUUGGAACCUGCCUCCAGGCCGGCGGUGGCGGUGGCGGUCGGCGCUGCUGCUGCUGGUGCUGGUGGCACUGUUUCCACGUCGCGGAGGUUCACUGGAUUGGAGCCCGCUUCGAGGAUGCCGGCUGUCAGAGCCAGUGGAUUGGAACCCGUUUCGAGGAUAUCGGUUGUCAGUGCAGCCGGCGACAGUGUUGCGAUGUCGAACAGAGCCUCAGAAUCAGAACCCGCUUCCACGUCGCGGAGAAGAACUGGGUUGGAGCCUGCUUCAAGGAUGCCGGUUGUCAGGAAUACUAGUGAUGGUAUUGCGACGUCGAACAUAGCCACAGGAUUAGAGCCCGCUUCGAGAACGCUGACCGGGACUGUUACCAGCGCUGGGGCUCGAAAAUCUAAAACGGGACUGGAGCCUAUGCCAAGGACGCCGGUUGGCCACGGAACUGACGGUCGCAGUUCGUCAAAAGAAUCCAAGGGUCUGGAACCUUCAAGCAGCCGGACUAGCAGGGCUACUAGCAAUGGCGCUCCUCCGAGAAGAAUCACGGGCUUGGAACCAGCUGCCAGAACCACGACCCCUAGUAAUGUUGCGCCAAGGCCCAAGAGGAUCACUGGAUUGGAGAGCAGAAUAAAACAUUGCUGA